UUUUUCCUGAGUUCUGUUUCCUGUGCAACAAUAUGCCCAUUCAGCUCUUGGCUUUCUUCUUUCUCUUCUUCUGUCUUCCUGCCACUUUCUUCUUCCUGUUCAAAGGCCCGUCCCCUGCAAACAUCAAGAGGAAGAAGAAGAACGAGCUCGUUGCUCCGCUCACGACGACCCUCCCAAAAUCAUACCCUCUAAUCGGUUCCUAUCCAGAACUUAUAGCCAAUUACGACCGCCGGAUCCAGUGGCUCUCCGAUGUCGUCCUAAUAUCACCGGCCAAUACCUACGUCCUCCAUCGCUCCCUGGGGCAGCGAGCUGUCGUUACCGGCAAUCCCGCCGUCGUACAACACAUUUUGAAGAACCAUUUCCCAGUUUACCAAAAGGGUCAGGCCUUCCGCGAAACCCUCACCGACUUUCUGGGCAACGGAAUCUUCAACACCGACGGUGAAACCUGGAAAUUACAAAGGCAAAUCGCAAGCCAUGUAUUCAACACCAGGUCUCUGCGUAAAUUCGUUGAACAGGUUGUGGACACCGAGCUCAACGAUCGCCUCAUUCCUAUUCUGGCCACGGCGGCAGCCCAAAACCAAGUCCUUGAUUUUCAAGACAUCCUCCAACGAUUCGCAUUCGACAACAUUUGCAAAAUCGCUUUCGGGUUCGACCCAGAGUACCUCUCGCCAUCACUGGGGCAGAGCAAGUUCGCUCAAGCCUUCGACGAUGCCACGGAGAUCAGCAGCAGAAGGGCCAGUCACCUGCAUCCCUUAAUCUGGAAAAUACGGAAGCUUCUCGACAUUGGAUCGGAAAAAAGAUUGCGAUUAGCAAUCUCUGAAGUGCGCGAAUUCGCUACGAACAUAGUCAGAGAUAAGAAACGCCAGCUCACCGAGGGGGCUUCUCUUGAAUCAGCCGACAUGUUAUCAAGGUUCUUAAGUUCGGGGCAUUCGGACGAGGAGUUCGUGACGGAUAUAGUAAUCAGCUUCAUAUUGGCAGGUAAGGACACAACCUCCGCUGCUUUAACGUGGUUUUUCUGGCUUCUUUCAAAGCACCCAGAAGUGAGAAAGAAGAUCGUGAACGAGGCAAGCGAAAAAUCAGAAGCCCAGGUGUACGAUGAAGUGAAAGAUAUGGUAUACACCCAGGCAGCGUUGAGCGAGAGCAUGAGGCUGUACCCGCCGGUGCCGAUGGACUCAAAAGAAGUAACGGCCGACGACGUAUUGCCAGAUGGAACCGCCGUGAAGAAGGGGAUGAGAGUGUUGUAUCAUGUGUACGCCAUGGGAAGGAUGGAGAAGCUGUGGGGGAGCGACUGGGCGGAGUAUAAGCCGGAGAGAUGGUUAGAGAGAGAGGGAAGUGGUGAAGAUUCAGAGAAGUGGAGGUACGUGGCGAGAGAUCCGUUUAGCUAUCCAGUGUUUCAGGCGGGACCAAGGAUUUGUCUAGGGAAGGAGAUGGCGUACUUGCAAAUGAAGAGGGUGGUAGGUGCGAUUCUGACGAGGUUCACGGUGGUUCCGGCGAUGCUGGAAGGGAUGGAACCACAGUUCGUUGCCUUCUUGACCUCUAAGAUGAAAGGCGGCUUUCCGGUCAAGAUUCAUUCUUUGGCCUAAAACUGUCUUUCAAGUCUGCAAUAAAAAAUUGUACUCUUUAUUUGAUUAUAUAUAUUGUUUUUUUUUAUCGUGAGAAUUAGUCAAUCAUGUAAAUAAAAAUUAUUAUGCUAAUUUUUGUUUUCCGAUCAAA